CUCACCUCCUUCUGUUCCCAACCGACUCUCUCUCUCUCUUUCUCUCACCACCCCACUCCCCUCCCGACCCUCAGCCUCCCUGAUGCCUAAGAACAGCAAGGUGAUGCAGCGUCAGCAGAGCCAUGAGCACGUCACAGAGUCGGUGGCCGAUCUGCUCGCACACGAGGAGACGCUCGACUACAAGAACAGCUCCCUGAACGUUGGAGGGGUUGCCGGGAAAAAGGUCCCGCAGAUAGAGGUGCCAGAAAACGAUGGUCGCCCCGUCUGGAACAGCAAACUGCAGUACAUCCUGGCUCAGGUGGGCUUCUCCGUGGGCCUGGGGAACGUGUGGCGCUUCCCUUACCUGUGCCAGAAGAACGGAGGAGGUGCCUAUCUGGUUCCCUACUUCAUCCUCCUCCUCCUCAUCGGCAUCCCACUCUUCUUCUUGGAGCUGGCUGUGGGUCAGAUGAUCCGGCGUGGGAGCAUCGGGGUCUGGAACUACAUCUGUCCCAGUCUGGGCGGUAUAGGGAUGUCCAGUCUAAUAGUGUGUGGCUUUGUGGGUCUCUACUAUAAUGUGAUCAUCGGCUGGAGCAUCUUUUAUUUCUUCCAGUCCUUCCAGUAUCCUCUUCCAUGGAGCGAAUGUCCCAUCAGAAGGAACGGGACACUUACCUUUGUGGAGCCAGAGUGUGAGAAAAGCUCGGCCACGACCUACUUCUGGUACCGUCAGACUCUCAACACCACCAGCAGCAUCGCAGAGAGCGGCGGUCUCAACGUGAAAAUGACCUUGUCACUGCUGGUGGCCUGGAUCAUCGUCUGCCUCGCCGUCAUCAAAGGAAUUGCCUCCUCUGGGAAGGUGAUGUACUUCAGCUCUCUUUUCCCCUACGUGGUGCUGUUCUGUUUUCUGGUCCGAGUUCUGAUGCUGAAGGGCUCAGUGGAUGGCAUCGCUCACAUGUUCACUCCCAAGUUGGAGAAGAUGCUGGAGCCGCAGGUGUGGAGGGAGGCGGCCACCCAGGUGUUCUUCGCCCUGGGUCUGGGCUUUGGAGGAGUCAUAGCCUUCUCCAGUUACAAUAAGAUCGAUAACAACUGUCAUUUUGACGCAGUGCUCGUCUCUGUCAUCAACUUCCUCACUUCCAUUCUGGCCACACUGGUCGUGUUCGCCGUGCUGGGCUUCAAGGCCAACAUCAUGAAUGAAAAGUGUGUCGUAGACAAUGCAGAGAAGAUCCUGGAGUACCUCACCUCUGACGUCCUGAGCCACGAUCUCAUCCCUCCACAUGUGAACCUCUCCCAUCUGUCCACAUCAGACUACGCUGAGAUAUAUGGCGUCAUCAAGACGGUGAGAGAGAGCGGCUUCGCCCAGCUCGGUCUGGAGCCUUGUCUCCUGGAGGACGAGCUCAACAAGUCUGUCCAGGGCACCGGCCUGGCCUUCAUCGCCUUCACAGAGGCCAUGACCCAUUUCCCGGCGUCUCCGUUCUGGUCAGUAAUGUUCUUCUUCAUGCUCAUCAACCUCGGUCUGGGCAGCAUGAUCGGCACCAUGACCGGCAUCACCACACCUGUCCUCGACACCUACAAGGUCCAGAAGGAGCUUUUCACAGUGUGUUGCUGCAUUGUGGCCUUCUUCUGUGGCCUGUUGUUCGUUCAACGCUCAGGGAACUACUUUGUCACAAUGUUUGAUGAUUACUCUGCCGGACUGCCUCUCACAGUCGUGGUCAUCAUGGAGAAUCUGUCUGUCGCUUGGUUUUAUGGCACAAAAAGGUUCAUGCAGGAUCUGGAGGACAUGUUGGGUUUUCGACCGUGUAUAAUCUAUUUCUACUUGUGGAAGUACGUCUCCCCUCUGUGUCUCAUUGUGCUCAUCGCAUCCACUGUCAUAGAGAUGGCCAUCAGUCCCCCGGGAUACAAUGCCUGGGUCCAAGAGCUGGCCCAGGAACGCUUCGAGAGCUAUCCCCCCUGGGCGCUGGUCAUGUGCUUCGCUCUUAUCUUCGUGGCCAUGCUUCCUCUUCCUGUUGUCUACAUCGUCCGUCGCUUCAACCUAAUGUCAGACGGCUCCAACAAGCUGUCUGUCUCCUACCGUAAAACCAUGAUGAAGGACAUAUCCAACCUGGAGGAACAGGGCGAGUCCAGAUUCAUUCUCGGCGCCAAGCCCGGUGAGGCACCAGCAUCAGCACCAGAACGCAAGGCCUUCCUGACUCCAGGAGGCACCAAACCCCUGGACACCAACUCACUGUCUCCAAACGUCUGCUACGGUACGAGCUACCAGAACGCUGCCAUCAGCCCCACCACACCGACCACACCGACCACCCCAGAGUCUGACUCCUGACUACUGUCCAAACAACCGUCACCCAGUCCUGUAGCACAGCGCACCGUCCAGCCAGAAAGUCUUCACCGGUGGUCACUGCAGAGCCAAGAACCCCCCCACUGCCCGACUCACGCCACAAAACUGUCCCUAGCCAAGUAGUCAUAUAACUUAUUUCCUAUGAAGUCUGUUGCAGUGAUUCCAGUCAGUACUGACGUCCACACAAGCACCUCUAUUCUGAUGUUUGAGCUAGAAAGCAGGUUUCAUCGCGUUGAUCUGUUUGCAGGGCUCUGUGACAUGUAAACUAUUCUUAAGGCUGCUCUAAAGACAUCCACGUAUGUCCCUUUCCCAUGUCCCUCUAUGUGUCGUCAGUAUUGUAAACGGUGGUAUGCAGUAUAGAAAUAUGAUAGAGGUUAAAAGGAUUUCAUCAUCUGUAACACGCACAUUAUAACAUGUAAAAGUCCAAAUUCAUUUCAGUGUCUCCACCAAAUCUACAUAUUUAUGUUGAAGACAAAACAGAAAGGAUCUGCGUCAUCGUGUUGAACACGUGUUUUAAGCACAAGAGACUGAAAGACGAGGCACUCGUUACCAUUCAGCCACGCAAAGCACAGAUUUUGAAGCACAGCGUUUGAAACAAAAGUUGAUUUACUCGGCUACAAAAGCACCAAAGAGAUUUCACACAAUUAUGGAGCACAAGUGAAUUACUCACCCUAAUUGUUGGCGUAUUGUUUUGAAGACACGUCAAAUUACAAUAAUUGCUGCCUGUAAUAUGUCCCAUACAAAGAUUAAGCAAAAUAUAUUUAUUUCAGAGCACAAACUAUUAUAAUUAUGAAAUAGGAAAAUCAUCAAUGGAGCAAAACAUUUAUUAACUGAAAGAACAAAAAUCCAAAUGAUGUAUCAAAUAGCUUAGAAACACCUUGGAAAACUGUAUACAUGCACAAACACGUUAAUGCACACACACAACGCACCCGUUCUGUACCUGUGUGGAAUAACAGACCUCACUGGGUGUUCUUGAAAGAGACAUAUACCACGACGGCUCCUUUGUGACGAACACCUUUGACUCCUGGUUGAACUGAUGCAUUAUUUAUACUCUGGUAGCAAAUAGUUGUGCAAAACUUUCAACCAGUUCACACUGAGCACUCAAGUUCCUGUUACAUGGAAGAGGAUACCUUGAUUUAUUUAUUUAUCACAAUAUUCAAAGCCAUGGCAUUAAGGAUUAAAUGGACUAUAUUUAUAUUCCUGUAUAUUUGCAUUGUAGAUGUGAUGAACAACAAAGAUUUAUUGUCGUCAUUUUAAAAGCCUAAAUUAGCGUUUUUAGGUUUCGCAUAUUUGGGCAGUUCAUAAACAGGCAAUAGCCUCUCAGACACAAACACACUGCAGCGGUCUUUAAGUUAGCUGAAUGUAUCAGUGUUAAUAUUGAUUAGAUGCAACUGAUCCUGCUCAUGUCUUAACUCUGGAUGCAAUCACACGGCAUCCAGAACUCAAAGCGGUCACGUGUGUUGCCCCCUUAAGGCGACAUGUGUUCCUUCAAGCAUGUCUUGUUUUAUCUCUCCUUGUUUUCGUCCGUGUGAGCCAGCUACUUCCUGCUGACUGUCAUGCAGAGAUCUCUCUGUUGUUCAAGUCUGUAACUAAUCUUGUGUAAUCAAGAUACAUUUUAUCCACGUGAAGUAUAUCAUUGUCUAAAAAAGUAACUUUUAGCAGUAAAUGAAAUAUGAAGUAAUAAUGAAUGUGAUUGAUGCACCUUUUUUUCCCACUCGGACUGCAAAAGAAGUUAGGGUUUGUUUUGUUGUCAUAGUAUAAAAGCAAUAUCAACUUAUUACACUACAGAGUAUUUAAGAUUGACACAUUAGUGUCAGAUAAUAGCAAUGAUUAGGAGCGGUCCCUUACAGCCAAAGGAAUGUUACACAUUUUCCUUACAAGUGCUGAAGUGUGUGUGCGGAAGUAUAAUAAAUGUGUCUGAGUGCAAGUGUGAAUUAUAUAAAUGUGUAUGUGUGUAGAUUCCUUCUUUUACCUGUGGGUGCAGGGCCUUACUGAGCACACGUUUUAAGCACCAGCUGUACAUGUUUAUAAAUGUCUCUUUACAGCUUGUUAGGUUUUAGAGCAAGUGUUUUCAGUUUAUAUUAAAGAAUGUACGCCCUAUGAAUUGUUGUUUACUCCCCGGGGCUGUAAUUAUUAGAAUAAGAUUAAUAUGUCAAUCAUAUUAUUGCUGUGUUGUUUAUUCUAUACCGGUCACCCUGAGAGCAAAAGGUUCCAGGGUCACAUCUGGUUGAUGAGCAGACACAGGAACAAGGUUUUGUUUCAGGUCUCCCCACAUAACUCACCCACACAGGACUCCGGGUCGUAAAGCUCAUCCUGUUUUGUGUAACUACUUGUUUCAAUAAAAGGACUGUCGGGGGAGAAUUGAGCCAGUGUUUUGGAGACGUGCGGAGCCACAGCUCAACUCUCCUUGUGACGAGUAAAACUACGAGCUCCAGUCUCAUCUGUGGUCAUUGGAGUUGGUCUGAUAAUUGAACUAGCGGGGCUUUAUCUUUAAGGUGAAAACCCCACACAGCUUCUCUCUCUCCCACCUCACGUCAUAUUAUGAUUGUAUCAUACUGACAAUUAUUGUAAAAAG